AUGUCGUGCAACGAGUUAGCAUGUCAAAUGGAUUAUAAGUAUGGGUCGUCGUGUGAUAGAUUAAGGCGCGAGUGUCGCUACGAACGCAUACAAUUCGAGAGGGAACUAGAGCCUCCUGACAGCGAGAUAUCUAGGACGUUCGAGAAGUGUCAGUAUAUAAAGACGUGUAGGAUACCGAAUGCUAAAGCUAGAAAGAAACACAGAGUGUCAUACAAUAUAACUGCAGAUAAGCUAUACCGUCGUGGAGAUGCAUUGGUAGUGAAGUCACUGGACGUCUGGGGGAUAAACAACUUGGUAGCAGAAAAAACACUGUAUCUUUUGCGCUGUAAACUUCUUAUUGAGAGAGAUGAACAUUACUUAAAGAAUGAUGAAAAAGAAAGAGAAAGAGAGGACAAAAAAAUUGAUGAGGAACGAGUUGUUUUUGUCGAGUUUUGUGAAUGGUUUGAAUUAGAAAUAAGGCAUGGCAUAACCACAGUUGGCCAAGUCCAAACUAAACUGCAGGAGUUUGAUCAGUCACCAGAUAAAAAAAAGUAUUCAAUGUUCACCUAUUCAAUGUAUAAAUUAUGGCUAAAAAUUAAACUCAGAGAGAAAUAUCAAGACACGUUGUACUUCACAAGACAGGGGAAAAAGACAAAUGUGCUUUGCCUCUGUGAUUGCAUUGACAACAUUUUGCAAGAACAUCAAACUAAUCUUGAACAUGGUGACAAAAAAAUCAGAUCAUAA